AUGAAGGAAGUCGCCAUAAGCAUCCUAAACGCGCCAAUCCUGAACCUAAAAAACGAACUUGAUGUGCUCGCGCGCAUGUGCCCACGACCACUGCUACACCUGGAUAUAAUCGACACAUCGUUCACCAACAACAUAAGCUUUGGGCCUUCGAUUGUGAACCAAAUAUUGGAGCUGGAUUUUAAAUUCGAUCUGCAUUUUAUGAUCAGGUCACCCCUCGAGUUGCUCAAAAAGAUCGGCAACCGCAACGUGAGCACCAUUUACAUGCACCAGGAUGUGCCCGGCUACGGCAUCGCAAUCAAUCCAGAUGAACCGAUCGUGUGCAAGGACAAAGUGCUGGUUAUGACCGUGUAUGCUGGUGAGGGUAACCAAUCGUUUAUUUCACCGGGAGAUAAAAUACGUGAGUUGAAACGGCAAGGGUGCCACGUGUGCGUGGACGGUGGCAUAAGCUUGGAUAGCAUUGCAGGUGUGUGUGACGCGGACUGCUUUGUGAUCGGAUCGGCGUAUUUCCAAAGCAAAGACAAGAACGCUUUUCUAAACAGCAUUUAUAGCAUGAUUAACAGGUAG